GAAAUUAUCUUACUAUUCAUUAAAAGUUGAUGUCAAAUGGCGGGUGGCCAGAAAAGAACCACUUUCUUGUUUGGAUAAAUUACGAGGAGCUCAACGCGUGUUUUAAUUUCAGAAGAGGCAGGUUCUGCAAGAGACUUGGUUACGCGAACAGUUUUGUGUAUUACAGCUGUGUUUAUGUUGAUUUGCUCGAUUGAUCAAAUUCUUAAGAACCCGAAUAUCUCCAAGGCAAGACGAAAGAGUCGUCGAUUCGUCCUGUGUUUAUUGUAAUAUAGUUGAGCAUUAUGGGCUGGAACAGAUAGUUGCAGCAACAAUUCGGAUAUCCGUGUUGAAAAGAUAUUAAUGCUUGGAUUCGUAGACGUAUUGGAUUGCAAAAGAUAGUUGAUGAAACAUGGACCUAAUAUCAGGCCAUUCACCUUCAUCCAGUGUGUCACCUCCAAUAUCUCCAAUUAAAUUAUACAGUCAGCCUACAACUGGACUACCGCCGCUCAAGAAUUUACCUGUUUGGAACCGUACAGGAUUAGAAAAAAAUAGAUUUAUCCGUUCGAUUACAAAAGAUAGUCAAGAAAUUGGAAAAACAGAGUUUGUUGUGAGCCCUUUAACAUCAAAAGGCACACAAACAUCGCCCCCUGGAACUGCUUUCGCUAGAUUAGAACGUUACAGUAAUAAUAAUGAUUCUGGAAAAGAUAAGUUCAGGGUGGACGAUAAUUCUGCGAUGGUGGCUGACAAAAAAUUAUAUUUUGUUCAAGCUGAGCAUGAGGGUGUUCUAAAAAAACUUCACGUGGAGUUAGACCGGCUCAAAAAUCAAAACAGAGAUCUUACAUUCAAGUUGGUGAUGACAAAUACUGGAUUCUCUGUAUCGCCUGAUUCAAAAGACACUAAAGACUUAGUUAACAGAAGGGAAGGCUCUGGCAAACCUCGACAGCCUUCCUUGAUAAGGAAGCAGACUUUGGGAGGAAGAUCAGAUGGAAAGAGAGAUUCCUUUUCCAAAGAGGAGACAAAGAGACAAAAAGCCAGCUAUAGGUCUGCAGGAAGCAAAGCAUCUCGUACCGAAGACAGCAGCACCAGAUCUGGUUUAUAUUCAGCCAAACACAGUCAGAAGGAGCAAAAAAUUCAACACCAAACAAUAAAUAAGAACAAUUCUCCCUAUUUACCAAGCAAAUCCAUUGAAGUUGUAGAACAGAAAGAAAGCUUGUUUUCCAAGCCUGCUGCAAGCGUGUUACAAAAUGAGACAUCACAUGAUACAAACACACCAGCUUUAAUCACUGGGAAAGAUUACACACCUGAAGAUUAUGAGGAAAUUAUCAGAAAUUUAAAACGGCUUAACGCAAAGCAAGCUAGUGAGCUAAGUCAUUUGAAAGAGAAGUUGGUUGAGAAAAGAGGCAGAUAUGAUGACUUGUACUUGCCAUCAACUAACCAUCUACCAAAAAUUGAUCUUCGAAAUGCAUCAAAAUCUGCUAAACUCCCACCUGCACUUCGAGGUAAACACCAAAUUGUUAGCUUACCUGCAUUGAAACCAAUUCUGGGAAGUAAGGUCACUAAUCGACAAAGAAAAGCACAAGCAAGUCAUGUACAAAGGCAACGAUCCAAUAAAGACAUAGCACAAAAACUUAUUUAGGUCAAUUUUUAAUUGAGAACUUCAGACUGUAGGUAUUAGUUAUUGUGUACAUAUUUAUAAUGCAUGUGAACCUGCUUUCAAAAGACCAUUGUUACAGCAAUGCAUACCUGUGUAAUUUCUUGUGAAAUUUCACCUUCCAUAAUAAAUAUCAUUAUUAAAAUAGAGUUUUUAACUGAAGUUAUAUUAAAUUCAUUGUCAUUUUAACUAACACGGACUGGACAUGGUUUUAGAUAGUUAUAAUGCUAGCUUAGUUAUAAUGCUAGCUUAGAGAGGUCUAUUGGCUAUUGGUACUAUAGUCAUGGUCGAAGUGAAGAAUCAUAGGAUUAGGUGAAUUAGAAAUAAAACACAGUAAUUGCAACACAGUACAUAUUAGCCUAAACAUUUCUGUGUCCAAAACUAUUGUAUCUUUUGUCUAAUCUUUGAUGGACCUUUUUCUACUUAUAGAGUCUGAGUUUUUUAAUCCCAUGCAGCACUGUUUGUGAUAAUACAAACAUUUCAAGCCUUGGUGAUUUGCAAAUGCAAAAAUUUGAUUUCCAGAGUAAAGUAGGCCUAAUUGCUGUUGACUGAUAUUUUAUCAUGGUGUUGGUCACAGAUAAUGCUGUUCCAACCAGGCAUGCUUACAACACUUUAUUGUUUUCAGCUAAGAACUCACAUGUUUCACAUCUAAAGAGAUCAUAAGAAGUUUAUGUCAUUCUAGACCUGGGAUAUAAAAUGUUGUCUUGUUAACAAUAUUCACAUUUGAAAAAUAAAAUAAAUAAAAUAAAUAAAAUUGCAAGUUUAAUACAACACAGAAAAAAAGCAUCGAUACAAUUAAUUUUAUUGUUGGUCUCGUUAUCUAUUUUCUCUAUUAUUAGAAACAUUUGAAAUCAUUAGCAAAUUUCAUAUUAACCAAUUUUAAGCUAAAUAUUGUUUGACGAAAAAUCCAGAUGUAAGGUAAUAACCAAAUGUCAUUGAAAAGUGCUCCCAGACAGUCUUCUUAAAGUUUGUCUUUUGUAUGACUAUUCAAUUCUACUACAUUAAAAAAUAUUAGGAACGGCUUUAACUUCUGUUGGUUUAUCAUAAAAUGCAAUUUUUAACCACAAAAGCGAAGGGCCAUUAUAAAAAACUGCCAUUGCAUAAAUAUUAAUGCAUUGCUUGUUGCUUUUCCCAUUGCUCUGGUGUGAGCGUUUUCAUCGUAAAGGCAUGUAUAGAUUGAAGCUCCUCAGACAGGGCACUGUUAACCAUUCGGUGACGCUGCAGCAAUGGCUGUCCAACAAAUUUGUCUGAUACAAUAACAGUGGAAAAACUGGUUCCACACCCACCAGAUAUAUCAGUAAUAGCCUUCAAAAUAAAACGAUUGGAAAAAUCAUGAGAAAUUUAACAUUACAAUAGAAAAUAUCACAGUAUUUGAAAAUGUGCUCAUUUCAAGCCUCUUAAAGAGAUUAUAAAUAGGGAAAGUUCUAAAUUUCUUUUAAUCUAAUUUAUCACAACUUUUCAGCAAUCUCCUGCACAAUGGCCUCAAAUUUCUGUACUUGAAUGUUAUAAUUAGCACAAAAAAGUCCUGGCAAGAAGACAAACAUGAUAAAGAAAUUUGUCUUCUGUAACCUAACUGGUUCAAAGACAGAGAAGUGUUAUUUUAUCAAAAGCAAACUUAAUGCCAAGUUGCACUCUUGGGAGCAGGAUGUGUAUGUUGAGGUGCUUGCAAAUGGAUCAUUCACAACGAGGACUGAUAUUGUAUGUAUCAAACUAGUCACUAGACCUGGGUGAUAUGAUUUCUGAAAUUAGGAAACUUAAAUGAAUUUAAAGACACAAAGCAGUCCUUUACCAAGUAACAUUCUUACUGCCCCCCCCCCCCAAUGCUCUUUAUUCAGUGGUGCAAAGACACUCUUAAACGGAUGAUCAUAUGCAUGGACAGAAACGUAGAGGGCAAAAAGAGCUGUUAUCAAUAAGAGAUGUAAUGUUUGAUGACAGCGCUAGAAAUUAACUAUAACAUUUGGAGGUAACGCACUUAACUGUUGAUUUUAUACUUUUUAAAAGUUCUUCAGAUAUGUAUUGUAAAAUGUAAAUAUAGUGAUAUAGUUUAGUGAUAAAUCCACUACAACUACUUGAGUAUGUAGUAAGGUUUCAUUAUGAAACUUCAUAUUUCGUGAUAAAAUAUUCUUGAUGAA